CUUCGCUUGCGUCGUGCGCAUUCUGCGUGACAGUUCGCGUUUGCGUCACUUUUUUCGCACAACAACAAAGUGGUUUCACAAUUUUUGCACGCACGUUUCGUGAACUAAACAACCGGUUAAUUCGUGACCAUGAAGGUCGAACUUCACCCCCUGACGGAGGACCCCACGUCGGCGUGGAAGGAAAUCUCCAAGAGCCAGCGAGUGAUUAAAAUAAACGCACGAGCACCGAGCUCGGAAGUGGCCAGCAAUAAGGUCCGGGUCGUGUGCAUGUCGGACACGCACUCGCUGACGCACCACAUCAAGUUUGAGGUCCCUGACGGGGACAUCUUCAUCCACGCGGGGGACUUUACCCGGUGCGGGAAGCUGGACGAGGUCGUGGAUUUUAACAACUGGUUGGAGAAACUUCCCCACAAGCACAAGCUGGUCAUCGCCGGAAAUCACGAGCUGAGCUUUGACCAUACCUUUACGCAUCCGUUCCAGAAUGCGAGUGCGUGCUGCAAAAAGACCGGUUCGACGCUGCUCGACGAGAUCCCGACGCUUGGCAACUCGAAGGAAAGUUUGGCCGAGGCGGUCAAAACGGAAAACAUCCGCCAGUACCUGAGCAAUUGCGUGUAUCUGCAGGACGAGUGCGUCGAGCUGUACGGGCUCAAAAUCUACGGCACGCCCUGGCAGCCCGAGUUCUGCAAGUGGGCGUUCAACGUGAAGCGCGGCAAGGCGUGUCUGGAAAAGUGGGAACAAAUCCCGGAGAACCUGGACAUCCUGGUGACGCACACGCCCCCCGUCGGCCACGGUGACCUGUGCUGUUCGGGGGUGCGCGCCGGUUGCGUGGAGCUGCUGACGACGGUGCAGCAGCGUGUCAAGCCCCGCUAUCACGUGUUUGGGCACGUGCACGAAGGAUACGGCAUCACGUCGGACGGUAAGAUAAUCUUCGUGAACGCGUCGACCUGCGACAUCAACUAUCUGCCCAACAACGCGCCGAUCGUGUUUGACAUUACGCUGCCCAAGGGGCGCACCAAAGAUGAUGAUGCUUAAGCGUAGGGGAAGGGAAGGGGGAGUUUGUACAAUAGUUAUCAAUAAGUAGAAAGUAGUGGGUAGAUUAUACCAUGACAUGGUCUUUGAGGCAAUGAUUAGGCUUCGCAAAUGCUUCUGUAAUCUGUGAUUUAACCACAGUGGAAUAAAUGUUUGUUUAAAACACUUGAAAA